AUGUAUCAUCAAACUCAACCAAUUUCAUACAACGUGCCAUCAACCGUUUACACCGUCUCAUAUGAGCCAAACAACUGGUUUUCCGAUGCACCAUCUUAUGAGAUCGUUCCGGAAAUGAUGAUGGAUAUUGACGAUUCCAUUCGUCAAUCUGAUCAACCGGAUCAUCAAGCGAAACCCGCUGUUAAGCUUGGCCGCACUGGACGUCCAAAGCGCAUACGAACCAACUUCACUAGCGAUCAAUUGAGUGAAUUGGAGAACUUCUUCAAGAAUACCCGGUACUUGACACGUUCAGCUCGAAUUGAAAUGGCCAAAAAGCUGAACUUGAACGAGCGUCAAGUGAAAAUCUGGUUCCAAAAUCGCCGCAUGAAGGAUAAGCGAGAAAAUAUCAAAUCAAGCAACUCCAAGGUAUCAAAUAGCAGACCAAUCUCACCAUCACAAUCGUUGUCAUCGGGCCAAUCGUCACCAUCUUCGCAUCGUUCCCAUUCACCGCACAGUGACGAUUCCGUUAGUCAAUUGAGCAAUCAAGAAAUUCGCAACAACCUGAUGCAAUACCAGAACUUCCAAUAUAUUACACAUGAACCAGUUCAUCGCCAGAACUCACCAAUUCUGCAUCAUCCAAUUUAUGAAACCUACGUGGUUCCAAAUGAAAUUCCAAACAAGGAAGAGAACCCAACACAGCAGCAAAAUUCCGCAACAUUUGAAGAAUUCGAGUUCGUUAAUGAAGACUUCGUGUCCGCAUUUCUCACCGAAAAUUUAAAUAAUCAAAAUGAAUUGGCAAGCGAUGAAUCCAGCUACUUGUCACUUUAUUUAGAUGACGAAUUUGAAGCAAAUAAUUUACUUUGCCUUUAA